AGAGGACAGGAGGAAGCCCUCGCUGCCAAGCCACACCUGAGCAACUCACCCAGCAGAAAUGGCUCCAGGGUCAUGGUUUUCUCCUCUCCUCGUUGCUGCGAUCGCUCUGGGGCUGCAGUGGCCACAGGAAGCUGCCACCUUCCCAGCCAUGCCCCUUUCCAACCUGUUUGCCAACGCUGUGCUGAGGGCUCAGCACCUUCACCUCCUGGCUGCUGAGACAUACAAAGAGUUUGAACGUACCUAUAUUCCAGAGGAGCAAAGACACGCCACCAAAAACUCCCAGGCAGCCUUUUGUUACUCGGAAACCAUCCCUGCCCCCACCGGGAAGGACGACGCCCAGCAGAAAUCGGACAUGGAGCUCCUUCGUUUCUCGCUGGUGCUCAUCCAGUCCUGGCUGACCCCCGUGCAAUACCUAAGCAAGGUGUUCACAAACAAUCUGGUUUUUGGCACUUCAGACAGAGUGUAUGAAAAACUAAAGGACCUGGAAGAAGGGAUCCAAGCUCUGAUGAGGGAGCUGGAGGACCGGAGCCCGCGGGGUCCCCUCAUCCUCAAACCCACCUACGACAAGUUCGACAUCCACCUGCGCAACGAGGACGCCCUGCUGAAGAACUACGGCUUGCUCUCCUGCUUCAAGAAGGACCUGCACAAGGUGGAGACCUACCUGAAGGUGAUGAAAUGCCGGCGCUACGGGGAGGGGAACUGCACCGUUUGACGCCGGGGAUGGACCCCC